AUGAUAAGAUCGGAAAUUUCCUGCGACAGUAACCAUUUAAUUAUCGGAGAGGAAUCUGGUUUAGGUUUACUCUCAGUCAAUCUACCUAAUACCCCUCUAAGUAAAAAUCAUCAUGAUCAUUCUCCUCGUCCUUCUCUUAGAUCCUUUGGAAGUGAAAUUCGUUGUUCAAUAGAUGAAUUAGAUGCUGUUAUUGCUACCUAUGAUGAUGAUGAUGAUGAUGAUGAUAAUGAUAAUGAUAUUGAAUCAAAGAAACAACAAUUAUUAACUUCUUCUUUAACUAGUAUUCCUUCAAUAGAAUAUUUCAAUUAUUCAACAUUUACAAAUUCUCCAUCAUUAUCAAAUCAAUUAUCUUCUUUGAAUACAUCAAAUGAAUUAAAAUCAUUUAUUCAUAUGAAUUAUGCAACAUCUAUUAUACAUAGUAAUGUAAAUGAUUAUUAUCAUCAUAAUAGUAAUAAUAAUAUGAAUGAUAUAAAUGAGAUAAGAAAAUAUUAUGAUGAUAAUUCAAUACAAAUGAAUCAUCAAUAUGGUCAAUUAGAUUUCAAUUGUUCUUCUUCUUGUUAUCCAACAAUAACAACAACAACAACAACAUCAUUAUGUACAUUUACAAAUGAUUGUACUCAAAUCGAAUCUUCAUUUCCAUUGCCUCCACCUGAUGCAUUUGCUUCAGAGGAUUUCCCACUUCCACCAUCACCACCACCACCAUCACCGCCGCCGCCUCCUCUACUAUCAAUACCGACAGCAGAGGCAACAACAGGCUCAGCCAAACCAGUAACAUUGUUAACAAAUCACUUCUUAUCAACAACAUUUUCACCUUUUACUACCAAUUCAACAUUAACAACAUUGGAUGGCGGUAAGCAUCUACACAGCUUUCCUUCUACUAAUGGGUAUUCACAGUGUCAAUCGUUUGAUCCUAAAUGUCAAGGAGAAUCAACUAUCAAUUCAUAUAAUGCAAAUAAUGGAUAUCAUACAAAACAAUUUCAUCAUAAUACACCUACAACUAAUUCACGAAAACCAUCAAUCCCUCAAAGAGCACCAUCUACUCGACUAACAAGUUUACCGAAUUGGCCUAAACAUCAUGAUAUUAUGGGGACACCUACUUCUGACAUUAUGAUAACAUCUAAUGCCAUGGUCAGUGGAAAUAAUGGAACAGAUCAUUUGAAAACGGAACAUUCAGUGGAGUCAUCAAAGGAGAAUAAUGAUAAUAAUACUCACUCAAUUGAAUGCACUACAUUACCAGUACAAGAUAUAAUACGUAAAUUUGGCGGUCUACUUAUGAGUAAUGCAAAAAUAUCAAAUCAAUGCAACACAACAUCUAAUGUACAAAGUACUUUAUCAUCUACAAUACGACCAAAUUCAAUCAAUGAUUGUAUACUACAUAACAACAAUAAUAAUAAUCAUGUAAAAAAAUCAAUUAAUCACAAAUACAAUCAAUCAACACUAUCUACUCAUUCACAAUAUUCACCUAGUCUAGUUACAUCAAACAAUCUCAUGUCACAAAAUAAUACAAUACAAGAAGUUGCCAUGUCAACUACAUCUUCUUCAUCAUCAUCAUCAUUAUCAUCACCCUUGUUAAAUAGAAAUAUAAAUCAAAAUCAUUUAUCCGAUAUGAAUCAUUCAUAUUCAUCGGGGAAAUUAUUAAAAGGGAAUAUCUGUACAAAUCAUAAUAUAUCAUCUAAUUUACCUUAUCCAUGUUUGUCUAAUUCUAUCAAUGUUACCAUUACUACUACUACUACUACUACUACUACUACAACUACUAUGUCCAAUCAUCAUAAAUCGUCUAUUGAUCCAUUAUAUAUUAAUGGAAAGUUUGUAAAUGAUAAAUGUUCUUUAUCGAGUAAUUCAUCAUAUCAGUCUAAUUCAUCGAAAGUUCUUCCAAAGGAAUGUUAUCAGACUAAUUCUUCAUGUACAACAUUUAAUUCUAAUAAUGGCAAUAUACCUAAUGAAUUAUCAAAACUACAAACUCGUAUUCAUUCUUCACAUGGUGGUACUAUUACUAAUGAUGUAAACAAUUCCACAAAUCAUCAUAUUCACAGUCAACAAUCACAAUAUCAUCAACAGUUGAAUUCACAUGUUGUUCAUCCACUUAAUGGUACCUUGUCACAACAUCGUUCAUCUUCUGAUUGUCCAUCGAAUUCAUCUUUUAUUCAUGUACAAUCAAUGAAUUUGGAUCCACAAACAUUGACUAUAUUUAAUCAAUUUAAUAUUGUUGAUGCUACUCAAAUCCCAGGUUAUCAUCCUAUUUCAUCUGGUCUACCGGAUUGGAAAAUACAUCGAUUAGAAAGAAAAAAUCGUGAUGCAGCUAAUAUUUAUGCAGAUGAAUUAAAGAAAUGGGGUCUUGUACCACAUUGGAAACGUGAAUUAAUUGAAAAGAAACAAUUGAAUAAAAUGGAAAUAAAUCUUCAUCAAUCACAUCACAAUCAUGAUAUUAUAUCAUUAACAACAAAUGAAUUAGCUGAAAAACUUCAACGUCGUUUAGAUAAAGUUGCCAAGGCAACUAUUGAAUAA